CACACACUUCUAUGUUGGCCCGGACCUGGUAUCAUCCGUUGUCAGGUCGAGGGCAUUCCAUGUCGGUUGGACCAGCGUCAAGCUUCUCCCGGAAGAACAACAAGGCCGCUGGUGGUGUAUUUUUGUACUUUUUUUUUUUUCCUUUGCUAGCUAACUCUGAGAUGAAGCUAUAAUCGGGGCAACCUUGGAAGCUGGGCACAAGCACGCACCCCCUUCCUUACUACCCUUGCUAUCCUCACCAACUUAGGGAUUAUUUUCCUGCGCAACCGCACCGAGCCAUGGCCCUUCCGGACCCGAACGGCGCCCGCGCCGACGACACGCUCCCGGUGGCGGAUGCGUUCCUCGAGCAGUCGUACCUCACCUACAUCAUUCCCUUUGCAACCAACUUCAGCCCCGAGGAGGCGCUCCAACAUGCCGGCAACUCAAUAGAGGGCGCCAUCUCGAGCAUCGAGCAACGCGACCAGCUCUUCUUUGACGAAGCCGUCGACGUGUACUUGAUCCUCCGUGCGCCGUAUGCCGAUGAGCAGACCCUCCGCUCGCAUCUGCGCCGCCUCGUCAUCACCCUCGAUGCCCACAUCGUGAACGGCGCUCCCACCGACCGAGACGGCGCUGCCCCGGCGUCCGAGCUCAUCUACAACGGCGCGGUCGAGGAUGUCGAACAGGCAUUUGUGGUGACGGAGGAGGAAGGGUCCCAGGAAGGACAGACCCAGAGGCGCGCAUACGCCGUGUGGAAGCUUCCCGUCUUUCUAGGCCGCCCUCGGAUGAGGCUCCAGCUGCCAUCCGUGGUGUUCUCGGGAGUCGCAAGCCUCAGGAUGAAUCCCGAGCCGUCCGAUCAGACUGGGCCGCCGAGGAAUGGAUACAUGCAGAGCUGUGCGCCGUCGGGGAUGAAUCUCCUCGACUCCUUUGCCGACGACCCCUUCCUGGGUGGCAUCCGACCCCGCCUCUCCGCCCAGAGGGUGACCAAAGUAGCGCCCCUGACAAAGGCGAAAGACUCCCUCCGCCGCAUAGGCGGACUACAAGCCCUCAAGCUCAAGAUCUACCCCGUCCUCCACACCCGCGUCCGUUUCUCGCGGCCCAACACCUCCCCGCCGAGCGCGUCCAUGAUCGCCCUCCUCGAGAUCGACUUCACCCCCUAUUUCGACUGCGAGGCCACCCUGGACAAGCUCUCGCUGGGCGUCACAGGCGGCACCGUCGAGGAUCUCAACACCCAGGACGGCAUGAGGCUCCCGCUCAGCUGCGUCGCGCACGACCACCUCACCUUCCUCUACAAGCUGGCGCCCCAGCAGCGCGACACGGUCCGGAAGAACCUCGCCGCCGACCUGGCCAUCACCAUCGAGGUCGUCCUCCUCAUCCGCCCCGACGGCGAGCCAGACCCCCCCUGCACGCCCCGCCUCGUCAUGACGUGGACCACCGGCAUCGACUUCACGCCCCCCGUCAACCCGGGCUUCGGCCAGCCCAAGACCGCGCCCAUCCAGCGCGCCCACCGCCCCAGCCAGCUCUCCAUCGGCGGCGGCGUCGACUCGCAGCCGCUCGUCUCGCCCUCCGUCAUCCGCCCGGACGCCCUCCCCUCGCUCGAGGCGGCCGCGGCCCGGACGACGACGCUCGAGACCGCCCCGCCGGACUUUGGCGUCACCAUGACCUUCGCAGGCCCGCCGGGGCCCGUCGCGCUCGGCGACGAGUUCGUCUGGACCGUCUUCGUCGUCAACCGCAGCAAGCCCGAGACGGCGCUGCCCCCGCCGCCCUCGGCCCCGGCCUCCGUCCUGGCCGCCCACCACGCGGCGGCCGCCGGCGUCCCGCGCAAGCUGAUGCUCGUGCCCGUCCCCCGCCGCCGCCGCGGCGCCGGCAGCGAGCUGCGAGUGAUCCGCCCGCCCUCCUCGACGACGGCGGCGGGAUCGAAGCGCGACCCGCUCGUCGUCGCCGACGCGGUGCUGGACGAGACGGUCGUGCACGCCGUGCAGCGGAACAGCGUCGUGGACGCGCCCGAGCUCGUGUGCCUGUCGGCCGACGUGCGGGUCGGCCCGCUGGCGCCCAACGCGUGCGCCGUCGCCGAGCUGCGGUUCCUGGCGCUCAAGGAAGGCGUGGUCGGCUUGGAGGCGGUACGGGUGGUCGAUCUGGGGACCCAGGAACACGCCGACGUGCGGGACCUGCCUCUUGUCGUUGUCGAGAAGGUAAGGGAGGGAGGAUAGACGGUUGGUUUCAGGGACGUAGGUAGUACCUGAUAUACAGGGGCACGGAAGGGCAUAGAAAAAAACACGAGAAAUAUAUGAAAUAUAUAUAUAUAUGUAUGUAUGUAUGUACCAU